UUGCAGCUCAAUAAGACAUUGAUUGAAGUCGAUGAAGUACUUCGUAAAUUUAUUGAAGAACUAAAGAAAGAGGGUCUUUAUUGCUGUAUCAACAUCGUUAUCGUCUCAGAUCAUGGAAUGACUGAGAUCAAGCAAAGCGUAGUUAUUAAAGAUUAUUUGGAUGUCACUGGAAUGUAUGCUAUACCUGGUACAAUAGGACAUCUGUUCAAGCACAAUUCUAGUAAGUGCUAA